AUCGGAGACUUUGAUUUCACAGUCCUAUUGGACACAAGUUUCUCAUUCGGCAAUCUUGAUUGCUUAUCUUGAUAAAAGAAUUUUACUUUCUGUUUGAAGAAGACAGAAAACUAAUAGAUAAUAUUACAAAUUGCGACCUGAUAUCUGAUUCCAGCCACCAUUCGAAGAGACUUUGGGGCAUAUUCAGAAAGGUUGUGAUCGGAAAGCGUUGCACCAAAGGUCCUUAUAUUAUAUGGAUGAUGGGGUUGAGAAUUUUACUUUCCCUAAGUAGUUCAUAUUUUUUUUUUUCCCCAAAAGAAUACUUAAGAUUUUUUUUUUCUUAGGCUUAUGUUGUCUGUUGUAACUUGUAACCUAAUCUAUGACAAAGUUGUCAUUUUCAUCCUUGUAUAAUCAAUGUUUUAAUUUUUGAGUUGUAAUGGAUUUAGGCAGCAACUGGGAUUGCAGUGUAGGGUUAUAGAAUAGUUAUGGCUUUUCUUAUGUUGUGAAAUUACAAAAAUUAGGUGUUUUCUUUCUUAUAAUUAUUUUUGUAAAGUAUGAGGGGAAAAUGUUUACUAGUCGUCAUAUCUAUAAAAAAAUCAAUGCAUAUUCUGAACGGAACAGAGUAUGGAUUGGGAGCAGAGGAGCCUCUUCAAUGAGAUAACACGAGGGAGAGAUCUUGCUAAGCAGCUCCAGAACCAUCUUCGCCCUUCUUCAUCUGCUGAAAUGCGGCUGCUCUUAGUAGAAAAGAUAGUUUGUUCCUACAAGAAAGCACUCUCCAUGUUGAUGAACUCACGGGAUAUUAUAGGUGCACCCACCGUUCCUCUCAGGGAUGUUUGGCCACUAAGCAGGUUUCAGACAUCAGACAAUGACCAGACAAUCUUUCAGGUCAGAUAUGUGGGAAUAAAUGCAUGUAAACAAUCUUCGCAUUCGGCGACUCCGGCCGCCACUGUUGAAGCUGCGUCCAAAGAGAAACCAAAGCAAUCAGAGGAGGUGGGGUUGGGAAAUGGAACAGGGACUAAAGUUAAGACAGAGGAGUUGGGACUCAAAGGAUGAAAUGUUUCCGCUGUUUUCUUUGCCUUAUGCUUCAGUGGAAUCGGAGGAAGGGGGAAACAAUAUUUACUCGGAAUCCAUGGUGGAAUAUAACAAAAUGGGAAGGUUUUC